CCGUGUGAUUAUGAGGUAAAAUGGGAUAUUACCCACAAUCCCCGGCUGUGAGGGAAGAGCUGGUGCUGAUCUUAUAGUUGUACAAAGAGUAAAAAUUAUGUAAUUUCCCGUUUCCUCCUCGACGGUGACCUCUAUUCUAUGUAAACAAUGAAAGCUACAAAAUAGAAAUAUCCCUAGUUAUAUUACUGAGGCUCCCUCUUCUGAAACAGAACUUUUUAAAGUAGAAUUUCCCCUUUAACCCUGGGAUGACACUGAAGUGCUGCGCUGAGGGAAAGAUGAGCUGCCGGAGUCAUUUGCCGAGUUAUUUAUAUCCAGUUACUGGGAGUCCUCUCUCCUGUGUCCCAUGGAAGUCACACGACACCCACCCAGCUCCUGGCAAUUUGGGGGAUUUCCUUUAUUUUGGGCCAUUAAGGUUCUUCAUACACCCCAGUGAUACCAGUGACUCUACAAGUCACCAGUUAAGGGUUGGAGAGGACUUGUCCGGCCAGCAAACCUCCAAGUAUCACCAUGGGAAGAACACAUCGGCCUCCUGCAGGACACCACCAGCACUGUGAGAGGUGCUUCAGCAAGAGAUGUCAGGUACCAAUCAACACCGGCUUCUCCUGCAUUAUGAUCAACUGUCGCUCAAACUGUGGCGCCACCUUCCACCUCUGCAAAGAGGAGGAGCAUCAACUGUUGUGCCCCUAUGAAUGGGUGCCCUGCCUGAACUCUGGGUUUGGGUGUCCAUUCUCCAUGUCCCGAUUCAAGUUGGCAAAGCACCUUGCAGUGUGUCCAGCCAGUGUGGUCUGCUGUUCUAUGGACUGGAACCGAUGGCCUGUUAUUGAUAAAGUAACCCCAUUUUAUGGCAACAUCAUGAGCGAGAAGCACAGUGAGGAAUGUCUGGAUGUUGCAUUGGCAAUAAGGGAUCAGAAUAUUCUAUUUGAUUCUUUAAAAAUGGCAGACAUUUUCCCAGAACUCUCAGAACAACCCAAUGACACAGAGGCCCAAAGAGCAAGUAUUGAGACAGAAGAAGAUGGAGCAGUUGGUGGAGCAGCCUUGGAUACGAGCAGUGGCAUGGACCUGAGUAACGGUGAAAUGGUUGAACUCACUCAGUUUGAACGCGAGGCUUUGGCCAGGGGACAAGUUGAUCUUGAUGUAUCAAAAUUCUCCCAGUGGGAUUCCAUUUUUAGCAAAGAGAAAACAACAGCCAAAUGUUUGGAGGCCAAAAUGGGGAAAACGGAAGACAUGACUGCCAAAGUGAGUGAAAAAACGGAUGACAGACCCAGUGAUGAGGAGAAGAACCAGAAAUCAGAGGAGGCAAGAAAUAAUUUGAUUACAGAAGGAAUUGAGAAAACGGGUUUAGCACCGUGGCAGGAGGGGGUACUGGAGAGAUUAAAGCAAGAAGUGGAUUGUAGCAGUUACAACAUGUACCUGGUGCACCAUGGAAAAAUGCUGAUCCACUUUGGUCAGAUGGCAGCCUGUACCCCAAAAGAGAAGGACUUUGUGUACGGCAAACUGGAGCCACAAACAGUCAAAACUGUCUACACAUUCAAAGUGCCCACAAGCUACUGUGGCAGAAGGGCAAAGCUUGAAGAUGACCGCUCAAAGAAAGAGAAAGCACACAAGCUGGUCGACACAUCUGACCUAGGGGUCCAGGUGGACAAUUUGCCUUUAUCAGAAGCCAUAAAUACCACUCUACUCUGUGCCCUUGAAAAAGAACUCAAAGGCCAUGCAAUAUCAGAGAGCAAGGCCCUAGAUGGGCUGCUAAUUGACUUUGGAACUCAGACCUAUGAUUUCGGAUUGGACGCGUUCACUAAAAAGACUGUUCUAGCAGAUCUUUUAAUGGAGAAGACUAUGGGAAUUCAUCUGGAUUUGGAAUCUGAGUGUGUAACCAGAAGACACAACAAAAACAACUCUUCCUUCACGUUCUCCUGUAACCUGUUCUUCCGGAGGGAUGAAUUCCCCCACCACUUUAGGAAUGCUCAUUCGGACAUCCAGUCAGGCCUGAGCGGAUGGUUCCAGCAGAGGUGCCCCCUUUCAUACCUUGGUUGUACCUUUGUGCAGAAUAAGCUCUGCCCUAAAGGAAAACAAUCCCACAUUAUCUAUAGUAAACAGCUCAAAACCUUUGCAUUGAAGCCAGAGGUACCCGAUACAUUAUAUGAAGGAGUAAGGCCCAACCUUUCCAGGAGUCAAAGAGGAAGGAGCAAGGACUCUCUAAGCAGCCUCCCCCUGGAGGUCCUACAGCACAUUGCAGCUUUCCUGGACAGUUUCAGCCUAUGUCAGUUCUCUCAGGUGUCUUCUCUGAUGAGAGAUGUCUGUGCCACGUUGCUACAGGAGAGAGGAAUGGUCCAUCUGUACUGGGAGAAGAAGACUUAUUCACAUGGCGGGACAUCGUGGAGAUGCCGGAGAAAGGUCUGGAACUUCAGCAGUCUGUUCUCCAGAGUCCAACAAUGGGAAUUUGAUGAUGUCCCUUCAAUGGCCGAACACCUCAAGGUUUGUCCCUUCAACUGCCCAGAACUCAAAACGAAUCCAUUCAAGCUCCCCAGUCUCUAUGAAUGUCAGGGGGCAGCCAAUGAGUCUUUGUUAACCUUCCAAAAGAAGUUGUAGGUAUGAGCCCAAGGAACUGGCUCCCUCACAGAUAGAAGGGCAGCGAUAUUGAGAAAAAGCCUUGGAGACUUUACAUUAAAUUUCUUCCGGUGAGGUUCCCUCUGGAUAGAAUGUAGGUGCCACUUCAUGAUGAACCAGAAAACAACUGCAAUGGCUUCUCAGUCUGACUGCUGAGUCUGGGCAAAAAGGAACAAAUCAGAGCUGUGUGAAAACCACUAACUAGUUGGACAUGAGGAAGAGGAUUACCUGUCAGUUACCAGGUCAGUUGGUGCCUUGCUUGGUGGCUACUCCUGACCUUGUGCUGAGUGUAUGUAGCACUAACAAUGACUUUAUAAUACACCGCUUACUGUAACUUGGGUUGGGGAGUAAGCACCAAACAUUAAAGGGUAACAGCCAUUACCUCACCAAUGAAUCAUAAAGGGUAACAUCCAGACCGGAACAUUAUUAUCUGCCACCCUGUGUGCUUGGUGAAAUAGACUAGUCACCAUAUCACCCCUAUUGCACAUGCUUAUUUACAAAAUGUUUCCUUAUUUGCAAUAGUAGGUCAGCUCUUGGGGUUUAUGCUGUGCAACGUAGCUGUAUGCUAUAUCCCUAAUCCAGGGGUCCCCAACCUUUUUUACCUGUGAGCCACAUUCAAAUGUAGAAAGAGUUGGAGAGCAACACAAGCUUG